ACUGACCCGAUCCAGAUUGCCGACUCCUUUCGCAAGUUUGGCCUGACUGAUUCCACCAAAGAUUUGCUUGUGGUGAAAGUCUCUGUGAAUCCGGACAUCACCCACGAUUCAGUAGCAGAUCAUCUGGGAAAAGUGGUUGAAGGAACCCCGGUACCUUUCAAUGACGAGACGCUCUCGACUAUCUCUGAUGUGGGCAAGAUCCGUAAAGCAUACAAAAUCAGCCCCCCAGCGACGAAAUCUGCCCCUGGAGGAGCUGCCACCCACGUGAAUGGCAGUCUCGAUGAUACCAGGAGAGAUUUGGAAGUCUCAGUCCUGGGCGCAAUAGCAUUACGAGGAGCAUAA